AUGGAAUAUCACUGCGUGCCUCGACGAGCCCAUUCAAACCAAAAAGAUACACCAUAUAAUACCAAACGUCAUUCCACCAUUUAUAUCCCCCCAAAUGUAUGCUUGCCAUGGGAUGGACGUGACUCGAGUUCCGAUGGUCAAUAUCUCUCAGCGAUAGCCGCAUCUGCAGAGCAUUUAGGUAGCCAUACUACCAACACGAAACAUUCGUUUGUUGCUAUGCCGUCACUGCAUUCUACUGAACUGGAGCAGACAUGUUCUAUUUCGUCUCCAAAUACCACUUGCCAGUCAUUAGCCAAUAAUACUUUGCUCGCGAAUUCUCAAAAACCAGGUUCGCGGUUGUUUUGUGAUAUAGUAGAAAUGCCUCUUCAAGAGCCUGCAGUAGAUACUCCUGAACCUACGUGUUCAACAUCUGUAUCCAUUCGUGCAGUAUCAGAUAAUGAUGCAUUAUAUCCACCUGCUGUGCAAGAAUCAAAUCCAUCUGCACAAAGUCAGCAUUUGUCUAGCACAAAUCCUACUUGGCUCAACUCGGGAAAUUCAUCCAUCGUUCAUGGUCACAGCCAAGACAAUCCAAGUGAUUUAAAUAAACUGCCUUGUUCAGAAUCAAAUACAUCUCUUAGCAAGAUUUGUUCCGUCUUUGGAUGUGUGGGUGGUCGCAUUUGGAAUGGUAUUGACUAUGUAAGUAAUGUAGUAGCAGACCUUUUGGGAAUCACUUCGCCAAGAUAUGAACUCUGGUUUGACGAGGCUCGUAAAUACCAACAGCAGGCAUGUAUUCUUGUUUCAACAACUACACGUAUGAUUAACACGUCGACUAAUGCAACCCGAUUUCUAGAUGGAUAG